CGAGGCCCCAGCACCGCCCCGGCAGCCGGAGGGAACUCGCUGCCGGCGGGGUCGGCUGAAGGACGGUGAUGGCGCCGGUGCUGCUGCUGCUGCUGCUGCUGCUCUUCUCGGCGCUGCCGGCCGCCGCCUACCUGUGCUGUGUGCGGCGGCACACGGGCAGCGCCCGGGCCGUGCUGCGCCGCCGGGAGCCGGGCCGGGCCGAGGCGCGGGGCCGCAGCCCGCCGCGGGACCCCUGGGCCCCGCGGCUGUGCGGCGCCGGGCUGCGCCUCUUCGUCCAUGUGGCCAACACGGCUUUUGGACAGAUCUGCUUACUGCCACCCUUAAUGAGGCUUAACAACUUCUCUCUCAUGCGUUCACUUGACAUUCACGAAGAUCCCACGUUUUACCCGGAGGUCUCUGCGGAGCUUACAGAAGACAAGUCUGAGGCUAAAAGCACUUUGGAUGUUAUUGAGCAGUUGAUCGAUGCAAGGUCUGAUUCUGCUAGCAAUGGAUUUAGCUUCAAAGGGAUCAAAGAUUACUUGGACUGCUACCGGAAUGGGAAGCUGACGCCAUCUCAGGUAGCAAAGAACAUCAUUGCCGUGCUGGAGGACUGCGACAAAUCCACACCCCCGCUCAGAGCAAUAGUGCAAUGGGACCAGGAGCAAAUCAUGCUGAUGGCUGAGGCCUCCACUGCUCGUUACAGGAAUAAAUGUACCCUGUCUUAUCUGGAUGGCAUCCCAGUGUGUCUGAAAGAAGAGUUCAAAGUAGUACCUUACCAUCACCGAGUGGGAACAGUGUACCUUGGGACGGAGCCCGAAACAGAAGAUGCUACUGUGGCCAAGAAGCUGCGAGAGGCUGGGGCUAUCAUUAUUGGGGUCUCAAACAUGCAUGAACUAGGGACUGGAACAACUGGAUGCAACCCUAAUAGGUACCACAAGAUCCCCAGGAAUCCCUACAAGCCUAACCACUUCACAGGUGGGAGCUCCAGUGGGUCAGCAGCAGCUGUAGCAGCAGGUCUCUGCCCAGUGGCUAUUGGCACAGAUGGAGGCGGCUCUGUGAGGAUUCCUGCUUCGUUUUGUGGUGUGGUGGGGCUGAAAGGUACCUUUGGGCGCAUCAGUUCCCACGGCAGCUUGCCGCUCUCCUACUCCACAGUCAGCGUAGGCCCUAUCUGUACCUCAGUGGCAGAUGCAGCCAUUGUUUACAGUAUCCUUGCUGAGCCAGAUCCGCUCUAUCCAUAUGGACUAAAACAGCCCAAAGCAACCCUAUCUGGUAUGUGUGCUCCUGACCUGAAAGGCUUAAAACUGGGAGUGGACUGGACAUUUUUUAAGGCAUGUGAUGCUGAAGUCCUGUCCAUCUGUGAGAAAGCUGUGGAGUACCUGCAGAGUUUGGGAGCCAGCGUGGUUGAGGUGUCUCUUCCUGAGAUGGAGGAAGUGCGAGUAGCACACGCAAUCUGCAUUCUCAGUGAGAUGAGGGACUUCCUGCAACCUGACUUCAAUAAACAUUUCCAGGAAAUGAAUUUGGACACUCGGGUUAACCUGGCCUUGGCUUCCCAGUUCACAGCUCUGGAUUAUAUUACGGCAAAUCGACAGAGGACUCGGAGCAUGAGAUUUUUGCAAGAGAUCUUCAACACUGUGAACUGUAUCCUUACACCAGCUGUUGCUUCCACUGCCCCAAGGAUUUAUGAAUCUGACCUCUUGACUGGGAGCAGCGACAUGUCCUUCACGGUCCGGUCCAUGAGGUUCAUGCAGCUUGGUAAUUUUACUGGGAUUCCAGGCCUUGUGGUCCCCAUUGGAUAUUCUACUGCUGGACUUCCUAUCAGCUUCCAAGUCAUGGCAAAAUGGUGGGAUGAAGCUGUUCUUCUGAGGAUUGGUCUGAAGCUGGAGCUGUUUCGUCACCAGACCAAAAAACCAUCCAUUUAUUACGACAUCCUCGCGUAACAGAGUCAUCAAGACGGGGACUAAGUCUUUUUUUUUUUUUUUUUUUCUUAGUCUGACCUGACCAAGUAUUAGAGUAGACUUGUUUUCAGUGUUCACCUGAAUACAGCUUAAUGGCAGGCCCAUUUGAGGAGUAGGGAGGAACACUGACCUCACUUCUGCUUCCUAUUUGUUAUUGGAUGGUCCAGUUUAUACUGGGGAGACCAACUGUGCUAGCUAGUUCCUUGCUGUGUCUUUACCAACAGGGGAAGCUGCAACUAUUUUCUGCAACUUCUUUCUGUGUAGGGGUCCUGUGUAAACACGGAAGAUGGUUACGUCUGCAGGACUGCACCUGGCAGUUCAUACCACCGUGCAUGGAAAGGUACAAUCCCUAGACCUUAAACCUUCUCUCAGAACUCCCGCUCCAGGAUAUAACAAAGGUACUGUUUUAAGGGGGAAAAAGCAGCUUCCCUUAAGAAAUAAUGCCUGGCUCCCUUGGAAUGAGGAGGAUCUUAACUCACCUGCAGUUAGGUAGUGUGUGUUGUGGCCCCUUACUAGAUAGUCCCUCAGGGCAUAACAGAAAGCCUGCAGCCAUGGAAUUGUUAGGGUGCUUCUGUCCCUUACGCUGUAGACAGUGUUGAGGUCUGUCAACUGCUGUACAAAGUAGGGGUGUGCUCAAGGCAUGAGCAGUCCUACCUACAUACCUUCAGCCUUACAGGCAGGGGGGAGGAAAAAUUCAGAGCACGAACCCUCAUCAACUCUGUGACCCAGAGCCCUGGCUCAGGGUUCUGGCUCUCUCCUGUACAUUUCGAUUUCCCAAGCUAAGCCUGGGAGAGCCUCGUUUUUCCCAGUGGUUGCUUAAGUAUAAGCCUACUAUUAUUUAGGAAUCCAAAUGGAAGAAAUUACCUAGUAAUGCUGUGAAGUACUGCUUAAGGGGUGCUGAGCCAGCUUUUGCAAACAGGUGAAAUUUGUGUGGUACUGAAAAUGGGGAACACUAGUGGGGUGCUGCAUAAGCUUAGGGAGACCUUACUGCAGCCUGUCAAUAAAGGGGGCUUAUAAUAAAAAUGGGGGCAGUUUUAGUAAGGCCUGUUGCAAUAAGACAAGGCCUAAUGGUUUUAAACUGAAAGUGAAUAGGUUUUUGUCCUUAAAUAUUUUAAAGUGAGGGUGGUGAAACACUGGAACAGGUUGCCCAGGGAGGUGAUAGAUGCCCCAUCCCUGGAAACAUUCAAGGUCAGGUCAGAUGGGGCUCUGAGCAACCUGAUCAAGCUGAAGGUGCCCCUGUUCACUACAGGGGCUUGGACUACAUGAACUUUAAAGGUCCCAACCCAAACUAUUCUGUGAUUCUGAGGGUUGAAGCUGGGUCCUGGAAAGGCGUUGCACAAAUUCCUGUGCAGCAAAGAGCCUGCUCUAGAUAAGAGACCAACCCCCAUCUUAUCCCAAAUGUACAUCCUGAAGUAAUCCAGGUAGAAUUGAGGUAUGGAUUAAAGAGGAGGCUGUGCUAUAUAAAGCAUGACAUUACAGGAGGAAAAGCUAGAGAAGACUGAUCAUACAAGAACAGGCUCUAAGCCCCAGUAACGUGUUUUGUUGAAAGGCCCCAGACUGUGAUCUCCCAAGUGACGGUGUCCUGCCAGGAAGGACAAGGCCCAGGAGUAACCAGAGCCGAGCAUGUGUUCAUUUUGGAGUAGGUUGUGGCUGAUGCUCAGAGGCAUCUCCUGCUGCCUACCUCAUCAGGUAGCCUGGGCCUGUGAUCAGGCUGCUGGAGAAGCUGUCCUGCAGCUGGGAGCAGAGAAGCUCGCCAUAUUCUUACUUAACAUGGAAGGGAAGAAGGAACAGAAAGUAGUUGUUGUUUCUCCCAAACUCCAUACAGUUUGGGUGUUUUUUUUUCCCAUCCAUAUCCACUCUUUAACCAGUGCUAGCACUUUACUAAUGGCUUAAAAGUUAAGUCAGAUAGCAUCUGAAUGGAAGAACAUUGCCUUGCUGUUUCCUCCUUAAAUACUUGAGUUAAAGCAUCAACUCCUACCAUCGGCUGCCACCAGCAUCCACAGUUUAAUCAUAUGGUUGAUACCAUCUUUUAUCUUCAAUCCUCCUAUGUAAUACCACCCCUCUGGAUUCUAGUAUAGUUCAGCUUUAUGAAGAACAGUUUAAAAGCAAAGUAUUUCCUCUGUUACUGGUAAGUUAUUAAACGCAACCAACCUACCUUAAAGUGAAACACUGCUGAAAUGCAUUGUAUAGCAAGCGGGGAGUUGAUAAGCGUUUGACAAUAAUAAACUUUUGCCAGGAAGAUUAUGGCUUGAAGGAAA